CGGAACCGGAAGUUGCGGGGGACGCCCCGGUGCUCAGCAUGGCGGCCGCCUGGCCCUCCAGGCCGGCUGCUCCCGAAACAGUGGCCGCCCGGUUCCUCGGUGUCCUGUGGUUCAUAUCAGCCACCACUGGACCUUGGGGAGCUGCCGCCGGCGGCAGCGAGGAGCCACUUAAGUGCGAGGACCUCAAAGUGGGACAAUAUAUUUGUAAAGAUCCAAAAAUAAAUGAUGCCACACAAGAACCAGUUAACUGUACAAACUACACAGCUUAUGUUGCAUGUUUUCCAGCACCCAACAUAACUUGUAAGGAUUUUGGUGGCAAUGAAACACAUUUUACUGGAAAUGAAGUUGGUUUUCUCAAGCCCAUACCUUGCCGGAAUGUAAAUGGCUAUUCAUACAAAGUGGCAGUUGCACUGUCUCUUUUUCUUGGAUGGUUGGGAGCAGAUCGAUUUUACCUUGGAUACCCUGCCUUGGGUUUGUUAAAGUUUUGCACUGUAGGGUUUUGUGGAAUUGGGAGCCUAAUUGAUUUCAUUCUUAUUUCAAUGCAGAUUGUUGGACCUUCAGAUGGAAGUAGUUACAUUAUAGAUUAUUAUGGAACCAGACUUACAAGACUAAGCAUUACCAAUGAGACAUUUAGAAAAACGCAGUUAUAUCCAUGAAUAUUUUUAAAAGAAACAAUCCAUAUUUGCCUUGGUAUCUAUCCAAAGAGCUAAAGAUCAUCACGGAGUCUGAAACCAUGAGGCAACAUGGAUACUUCUGGCAUUGAUUCAGGCCUCUGAAGUGUGGACUUUUUCCUUUUUGCUUUGGAAGUGAUACACUAGCUUUUGGAGGACGAGAUACUGACUCAUCUAGCUCAGUGCAGUUAUAUUUGAAGCCGGCUGGACAAGGUGGGAACACCAAACAGAUGAAUAAUGUCUUCCAUCUGUUAGCACUGCCCAGCAGAUGCCGGCACAAGUGUCUUAAGUGAGGCACCAGUGUCUGGAGGAAGCAGCACCUGUACAUUAGCACUGGUUUUUCUUCCUGUGUUUAGAAGGGUUUUAAGAGAUGGAAAUACACGAAAUGUUAUGUCCCUAAAAUUCUGUCAUACUCUUAACUUUAGUAACAGGCAUACCAAUUUCAAAAUUACUGGAAUCUGGGCUCCCCAAAAGUAAAAAGCAUAAUUUUUCAUCCCUCAUUUCACUCAUAAAUAUACAGUAUAGUCCAGUUAGCUUCAUAACAUGUUAGACAUUCACUAACAGCUUCUUCAGUUGGUAGAUUAUUUAAGUAUUGAUAUAUGAAGUGAAUUUGGAUUGACUUCUAAUAUAUACCCGGAAUGGUGUCUGAUUUGUUCAUUAAUGAAAAUACUGAGUGUCUACCAUGUAUUUUAUUUAUUUGUUAUUUAUUUAUUUUUAUGGUCGUGCCCAUGGCAUGGCAGAAGCUCCUGGGCCA